AUGGAAUAAAAUUUAGGAAAACGAAAUUCUCUGCUCUUCUUUCUUGUGUUGGUACUUGGUGGUGCGAAAUCCAGGCCUCUUUCUCUUCAUCUCUGUCUCUGAUUCUUUAAUCAAAUAUUUUCUUCACAAUCUGAGCAAUCUUACAGCUCGAACUUCGAGGUACUUGUGUAAUUUUUGUAUAGUUGGAGGGUAUCUAGGUUUCGAUUUCUGUAGAUCACGAACACUUGGGGACUAUUGAGGAUUGGGUCGAUCGAUGGCUUCGAGUCCUCCUCAAUUUCAGGCGGAGGAUCAGACGGACGAGGAUUUCUUCGACAAGUUAGUGGACGAAGAAGAUUUCGGUGGGCCCACACAUACCACCACUACCUCUGCUUCCUCCGCCCAUAAAAUAUCGGAGUCGAAUGACUCCGAUUCAGACGAUGCUAAAGCUUUUGCGAAUCUGAAUAUAGAUGAUAGUGGAAUUGAUACGAGAAGCAAAGUUGUUACCGAAUCAAUUGCAGAAACGGAAAGUGAAUCAAAUGCUGGUAGCGUAAUUGAAUUGAAUAAUGAUAGUGAUAAUAAGGAUGGGACUGGAAUGGAGGAUGUAUCGGAUUCAAUUGCUAGUAAGAACGGUGGAUCUGUGGUUAAGGAGGUGGGAUGGAGUGCAUUCAAUGCAGAUGGUAAACAGCAGAAUGGGAAUCAUGGUUUUGGUUCAGACUCGGAUUUUUUCAGUGGUUGGGAGGACAAUUCCAUGGAAUUUCCUACACGGGUGGAGGAAAACGUAAAUUUGAAUGCCAGUGGAUUUGUAUCUGGAAAUGAAGUGCUUAAGGCUGCUGGUUCUAUAGAGAAUUCAGUUAAUUAUGAUUUUAAUGCACAAAGCCAAGAGAGUCAAGUUGAUGGAGCACAAGAGAUGGUGAAUGGGCAUGAUAUGAAUAGUAGCGUUUAUUGGGAGAAUUUAUAUCCAGGGUGGAAGUAUGACAUGAAUACUGGGCAAUGGUAUCAGGUGGAUAUGACGGCAAGCAUUCAAGGGGGCUCUGAUGCAACUUCAGGUAAUGAUUGGAAUGUUGUUUCAGAGAAAUCAGAGGUAUCUUACUUGAAACAAAGUUCUCAAUCUGUUGUGGAGACUCUACCAGAGACUAGCACAACUGAGAGUGUGUCUAACUGGAGUAGUCAGGUUUCUCAACGGGAUAAUAAUGGUUAUCCAGGGCAUAUGGUUUUUGAUCUGCAAUAUCCUGGUUGGUAUUAUGACACAAUUGCUCAAGAAUGGCGCUCAUUGGAGAGUUAUGAUUCAGCUAGACAGUCGACAGUUCAAGCUCAUGAUCAGCAAAAUCAAAAUGGUUUUGCCUCUACUGGUACAUAUAUGGACAACAGUAACAGUAUAUAUGGUAAAUUUGGGCAAGCUGAUACAUAUGGGUCACAGGUUGAUGGUAGCCAAAUCCAACAUGGAUUUCGAGCUGAUAUUUAUGGGUCGCAGGCCCUUGGCAACCUAGAUCAACAAGGAAGCUGGGCUCAGACUUACAGUAAUUACAACCAGCAGGGUUUGAACAUGUUGCAAUCUGAGACUGUUGCUAAGCUUAUUGAUGCUUCAAAUUUCAGUCAACAUCAGCAGGUGGAUAAUUUUUAUGAUUCAAAGGCUUCUAUGAAUAACCAUGUGGAUCAACAGAAAUCUUUUAAUUCGAUGGGGACAGUUGCAUCAUAUGACAAAGCAAGGCAAGUUCAUGCUGAGGCUAAUGGGAUUGCUGGGUUUAAAAGCUUUGUCCCUAGUAAUAACUUUAGUCAUCAAUUGAAUCAGCCAUAUGUGAAGCAGAAUGAACAAAUGCAGUUUUCAAACGACUAUUAUGGUGGUCAGAAAGCAGUAAAUGUUCCACAGCAGUCAUUUCAGAGUGGCUGCCAGAAUUCUUAUGCUCCAAACAUGGGAAGAUCGUCUGCUGGUCGCCCUCCGCAUGCCUUGAUUACUUUUGGGUUUGGUGGAAAACUCAUAGUGAUGAAAGAUAAUAAUUCUCUCCACAACUCAUCAUAUGGAAGCCAGGAUCAUGUAGGAGGGUCUAUUUCUGUUCUGAACUUGAUGGAAGUUGUCUCUGGCAAAACCAGUGAUUCUAGCACUGGAGCAGUCACAUACUUUCGUGCACUAUGCCAACAAGCCUUUCCAGGUCCAUUGGUUGGUGGCAAUGUUGGAAGUAAGGAGUUGAAUAAGUGGAUUGAUGAGCGGAUUGCAAACUGUGAAUCUCCUGACAUAGAUUACAGAAAGGGUGAAGUUUUGAAGUUGCUUCUCUCUUUACUUAAAAUUGGUUGUCAACAUUAUGGAAAACUUCGAUCUCCUUUUGGUGCUGACACUGCAUUGAGGGAGAGUGAUAGUCCAGAAUCAGCAGUUGCUAAACUCUUUGCAUCUGCCAAGAGGAAUGACACCCAGUUUGGUGCUCUUAGUCAAUGUGUGCAGAAUUUGCCACCUGAAGGACAGAUUCGGGCAACAGCUUCUGAGGUGCAGAAUCUUUUGGUAUCUGGUCGAAAAAAAGAAGCUCUGUUAUGUGCGCAAGAAGGUCAGUUGUGGGGACCUGCCCUUAUCCUUGCAUCACAACUUGGUGAUCAGUUCUAUGUUGACACCGUGAAGCAAAUGGCACUUCGGCAGCUGGUGGCUGGAUCACCUUUGCGGACAUUAUGCCUGCUAAUAGCUGGGCAACCGGCAGAUGUGUUUACCUCAGACAUGUCAGCUAAUAGUGGUCUUCCUGGUGCUUUUAAUAUGUCUCAACAACCAGCACAGUCUGGGGCUAAUGGCAUGCUUGAUGAUUGGGAGGAGAAUUUGGCUGUAAUAACCGCAAACAGAACAAAAGAUGAUGAACUUGUGAUUAUUCAUCUUGGGGAUUGCCUAUGGAAGGACAGAAGUGAGAUAACUGCUGCCCACAUCUGCUACUUAGUUGCAGAAGCAAACUUUGAGUCAUAUUCAGAUAGUGCGAGACUUUGUCUUAUUGGAGCAGAUCACUGGAAAUGUCCUCGAACAUAUGCUAGUCCAGAGGCUAUUCAGAGGACCGAGUUAUAUGAAUAUUCGAAGGUGCUGGGAAACUCUCAGUUUAUCCUGCUACCGUUUCAGCCAUAUAAGCUCAUAUACGCAAACAUGCUUGCAGAAGUGGGAAAAGUUUCAGAAUCUUUGAAGUAUUGUCAAGCACUGUUAAAAUCUCUGAAAACUGGUCGAGCUCCUGAAGUAGAAACAUGGAAGCAAUUAGUGUUAUCUCUUGAGGAGAGAAUUAGAACCCAUCAGCAGGGUGGAUACACUGCAAAUUUGGCUCCAACAAAAUUAGUUGGUAAAUUGCUCAAUUUUUUUGAUAGUACUGCACAUCGUGUUGUUGGAGGCCUACCACCCCCUGCACCAUCAACAUCACUCGGAAAUGGUCAAAGUGUUGAAAAUUAUAACCAGCCUAUGGGCCCAAGAAUUAGUCAAUCAACAAUGGCCAUGUCAUCACUGAUGCCUUCUGCUUCAAUGGAACCAAUAAGUGAGUGGGCGGCUGAUGGCAACAAAAUGACAAUGUCUAAUAGAAGUGUCUCAGAGCCAGACUUUGGUAGAACUCCAAGACAGGAUCACGGUGAUUCGUCAACGGAAGGAACCUCAUCCAGUUCACCAGGCAAACAAUCUGGCUCAGGUGGGGCAUCUCGAUUUCCUCGUUUUGGUUUUGGUUCAGGGCUUUUGCAAAAGACAGUGGGGCUAGUCUUAAGGCCUCGAUCAGAUAAACAGGCUAAACUAGGUGAAAAGAAUAAAUUCUACUAUGAUGAAAAGCUUAAGAGGUGGGUGGAGGAAGGUGCUGAACCCCCAGCUGAAGAAGCGGCCCUGCCACCCCCUCCAACAAUUGCAUCCUUCCAGAAUGGAACUUCUGACUACAACUUGCAAUCUGCAUUGAAGAGUGAGGGUGGCUUUCCCAGUAAUGUUAGUCCGCCAUUUAAAACUCCAUCUCCAUCAGAACAUACAUCGGGGAUCCCACCGAUUCCAACCAGCACAAAUCAAUUUUCAGCUCGUGGGCGUAUGGGUGUUCGAUCAAGGUAUGUUGACACCUUCAACCAAGGUAGUACAAGCCCGGCAAAAUUGUUCCAGUCUCCUUCUGUUCCUUCCAUCAAACCGCCUGUUGCUUCAACUGCCAAGUUUUUUGUUCCCGCCCCUGCAACUUCAGCUGAACAACCAAUGGAGGCUAUUGCAGAAAAUGUCCAAGAAGAAACUGCAAAUUUUGAAAAGCCUUCAACAUCCACUAUGAAUGACACCUCCCAACCUCCUACAUCAUCAAUUACUAAACAAAGGUUCCCGAGCAUGGACAAUAUCCCAACGGCUGUCAUGACAAAUGGCAAUAGCUCCCUUCCAUCUCACACCCGGCGAACAGCAUCAUGGAGUGGAAGCUUCAGUGAUUCAUUCAAUCCGAAUAUGCCUCAAACAAAAGGUCAAGGUGAGGCGGUAAGCAUGCCUCCAUCUUCAUAUAUGCCUAGUCCAAUGAAUGGUGGGAGUUUUGGGGAUGACCUUCAUGAGGUGGAACUUUGAACCAGAUUAAUGAAGAUGUAAAUAUCAAAGUUUUGUUCCUUGUGGUCAAUACUACAAUAUUCAAGGACACUAUGCUGCUCAUACACCUUUCGAAUACAAAAAAGAACUGGUGGCACGCACUGGAAUCAGUGGAUCAGGGUUGGGUUCGAUGGAAAUGUAUUUUACUUACAGCCGGCGCUUUUUUUAACUUAACUCACAAGCGAGGUCUCGUAUGUAUUAUUUUUUCAGUUGCCACCGUGGUUGAUGAGGAGCUGGUUUCUCUUUUUUUUGGUUUUUCCUGUGACUAUAAGGCAAAGAAAGUCUAAAUAGGGCGCACUAUUGUACAGUUCAUUUGUUCAUUUGUUUUAAAACAGAAAUGUCCCUGGAGAUAGAAGAAAACCCUUAAAAGAUA